GAAAGAAGGAAGGAAGGAAGAGAAGCUCCCCGCCACAUGAUUAAACAAGACAGAACAAGCACUCUCUGCCUGGGACCCAUGCGAAGGUAGGUUGGUAUGGUCUCACUACAUUGACUGUAUGGAUACUGGAUACUGUAUAUUAGUCUAGCUUAGUUUAUCAGGCUAUCUAUUUGUCUAUCUCUAUCUCGGUCUCCAUAUCUAUAUCCAUAUCUAUAUCUACAUCUCUAAGCCCUCCAUCAUCCCUCUCGGUUCAUCGCACUUUUUAUGAGUACUGGGUGCAUAUCGUUCAUUGCCUCUCUGAGAGUUCUAUUGCCCAGCUACUGCUCUAAGCGUUCGUAGUUUAGCACAAACUCACUUCACACACCUCGAUUGGCAGAAGUCGCUCAUCAUUCAAGUAUUCACUUCAACAUUCAACCCCCCGCCCGGAUAACAUUGCUUAUUGCCUGAGACUUACGUUGACCUCCCAUGUGCCAUUGCUCACAAUAUCAAGAACAUUAGAAGAUGGCAAAACAUCUACUGACCCUAACCGGUCUUCUCACAUCUCUCGCGGCAGGCGCCCAACCUUCUGCGCCAGCUGCUAUUGCGGCACCUAUGAGACCAUUGCAAUGGGGGCAACUCAAUUUUCUACAAACCACAGAUACUCAUGGAUGGCAUGCAGGUCAUCUACAAGAGGCCCAGUACUCUGCGGACUGGGGUGAUUACAUAUCAUUCGCAGAGCAGAUGAAGAAGCAAGCGGAUGAUAAAGGGGUGGAUCUUUUACUUGUCGAUACAGGAGAUCGGAUUGAGGGAAAUGGGUUGUACGACGCAUCAGAUCCCAAAGGACAAUACACAUAUGAUAUCUUCAGGGAGCAACAAAUCGACAUCAUCUGUACUGGGAACCAUGAGUUAUAUAAAGCAGAUGCCGCAGCUCGAGAAUACGAUCGAACGGUGCCAAACUUUAACGGCAAUUAUCUUGCUUCAAAUCUCGACUACAUAAAUCCAAAGACCGGUGAACAAAUUCCAAUGGCAAAACGAUAUCGCAAGUUUACAACAAAGAAUCAGGGGAUCAAAGUGGUAGCAUUUGGAUUUCUCUUCGAUUUCAAUAGAAACGCCAACAAUACAGUUGUACAAGAAGUCGAAAAGACUAUCAAAGAAGAAUGGUUCCAACAAGCAAUUCGAGAAGAUGCUGAUUUGUUUGUGGUUAUUGGACAUGUAACUCUGGAUGGACCGGAGUACAAGGCCAUUUACAAGGCUUUGAGAGAUCAAAAUUGGGAUACUCCCAUUCAAUUCUUUGGUGGCCAUAGCCAUAUUCGAAGCUAUGCCAAAUACGACUCUAAAGCGUACGGGAUACAAAGCGGUCGAUAUAUGGAGACUGUUGGCUGGAUGUCCAUUGAAGGUAUCAAAAAGAACGAAAAGGAAAAGACACCCCAAGAAGAACACACUGCUAGUGCACAAGGUACUGAGGUUGCCGAACGUGCCAGCAUGUCUUUCCAAAGAAGGUAUAUCGAUAACAACCUUUUUGGCUAUCAUUUCCAUACUGGGCUAAACGAGACAACAUUUCCCACAGAGCAUGGCAAGAAUGUCUCUCGUUCUAUCGCCAAAGCUCGAAAGGCCCUAAACCUCGACCACAAUUUCGGUUGCGCUCCAAAGGAUCUCUGGAUGAGCAGAGCAAAAUAUCCUAGCAAAGACAGUCUUUUCUCGUGGCUUAGUGACGAAGUAAUGCCUGAUGUUGUAUCCCGUCUCGAUCGAAAAGAUGUUCCAACAAUAGCCAUUACCAACACAGGCGCCAUGAGAUUUGAUAUUUUUAAAGGUGCCUUUACAAGAGAUACUACCUUCAUCAUCUCUCCAUUUGUUAGCAAGUUUGUGUAUAUCAAAGACGUGCCAAUCGCUGCUGCCGAACAAGUUCUCCCACUUCUUAACAGCGGCGGCAACAUCUUUUCAUCCUCAAAUUUAGAUAUUAAUAAUCUCGCACCACCUGAACAUCUCUCCUACAAAACCGAUAUCCUUGCUCCCUCGAUACCCAUCUCGGAUCUUCCACCGCCAUCUAACGCUCAAUCUCCUCUCUUUUCAUCCUCCUCAACCCACAAACCCGACCUCAUUCCUGGCUAUACUACCAAGGAUGACAACGGCUCCGAUGGCGACGAUACAAUUCAUUCCCCUAUCACUUUCCAUCGUGUACCCAAUUGUAUCGAAUCCCGCAUUAAUAUCCCUUCCACCAGCUCAAAUCCCGAGACUGUAGAUUUAGUCUUCAUAGACUUCAUAAAACCAUGGGUCCUGGUUGCAUUGCGCUUCUCCGGGGCGGAUUAUACGGACGAAGAUGUUAACAGUUAUAGAAAUGAGACUUUGACGGAAUUAAUGGCCGGCUGGAUCAAGGAGAACUGGGGUCAGGAUUGUUAAAUUGUGUGCCUCUCUUUUGAGAGUUUAUGAGGAGUUGAAUUGCAUGGCAUAGGAUUAUUACUUUCGGGUCAGAUGCAUGGUGGAUGGCGUUCUUAUUGCAUAUUUCUCCCUGUAUUAAAAUGGGAUUUGAAUGAAAGUGGGAUGGAGCCUCUAAAGUGAGACGGCGCCAUGAAGUUUUACAUAGAUGCAGAGCUCAUGGGAUAUUGAACUGCGGUUCAACAAUGAGAGGCUUUCGAAAUCUAGAUCAUUUUACUGCGCUGGGCUCAUCAGAUUGAUUAAAUUAUUGUGAAAAUUCUUGACCAUUGUGGCAUUGAAUCGUUCCAGGUAAGAUCAAAAUAUUAAUUUGGCAUGUCUAGCGAACGAGGAAUUAAGAGAGUCCGUAAACUACCA